AUGAAGUCAGGAGUGGCGCACCCGGCUGUCUACACUCAUCCAAUGAUCGCCACAUUCCCACAUGCAGAUCUGUCACGUGGAUAUGCAUCAUCGUCGACUGGUCAGGCACGCAAAAACGAAAAAUCCGAACACUACACGGAAUGUGAGAUACCUGAGAAACUACUAUUGCAAGCGGAAGGCAAACGGAUUUUCGAAGAGGAACAAGACUAUAUCAUCCCUAUCUCGAAAUACCGCCAAGAGGACGUGAAUAAUAUGUCGAAGCUGUUUUGUGCACAACAUCUUCAGAAAUGUAUGGGAGUGUGUCGAGUGAUUAGGGAUAAUUUGUUUCAUUCGGCCCAUCUUUUUAAUUAA